AUGGUAAAAGUCAAUGAUCUGCGAUAUUGCAGAAACAAUGGAAUAAUUUCAAUUGGAAUUAAUGAUGGUUGUCGGUUUUAUAAACUUCAGUCGGAUAAAGUUCUUGAAAUUAAUCGUUUAGUCGGUGAACCUGUGCUUCAUUUAUCGUCUUUACCGCAAAACCGUGCUUCCGUUGUCACUAAAAGUGAACCGAAUGCUCUAAAGAUAGUUAAUCUUUCGACGAGGACCAUUGAAUUAAAGCAAUAUUUCGACUCCCGUGUGCUCUAUUCAAAUGUCGUUGGUGAUAAAUUAAUUGUUGGGCUUUAUUCCUCCAUAAUUGUCACAUGUUUGAAAGUCCAAAAUAUGGAAUUAAGCCUAAAAGAUGUUGCUCCUGACUACAAUGGUCUAAUUGCAAUGUCUUCGAAUCCUGUGAAGUACAUGGCUUUCCCUUCACCUAAAGACGGCCAUGUUAAUGUCGUUGAUUUACAAAAAAAUACGGUCGUCAGAACUAUAAAUGCUCAUUAUCGAAAAAUUUCUGCUCUGUCAAUUAAUGACACCGAAACACUUUUGGCUACGGCGUCUGAGGUCGGAACUCUCAUUCGAGUUUUUGAUCUUAUUACCGGAGUUAAGUUGAAAGAACUUCGUCGCGGACAUUCAUCGCUUUCCCAAUCCGGAGCUCCUUUAUCUUCUAGUUCAACUCAAGAGGUUCUAGCUCAGGGACCCACAACUGAAACUGGUGCUACCAAGCCUUCAUCUUGGUCUUUAGGAAUGUUUUCAGGAAUGUGUGAGUCGAUCUACAAUAGUGCUACUUACCUCCCAAGUGUCAUCGAGUCGGCUUGUAACAGCGAAAGAGACUUUGCCGUGGCUAGAUUUACUUCCAGCAAGAAGUACUUGAAUUCAAAGAAAUUAGCUUUUGUAACACGACUUCAUGAAAUUCCGCAUGGAGAAGUUCCCGACGUAACUAGUUUGUCUCUCUUUAAAGAUGUCGUGUAA